AAAAAUACAAUCAGUUAAUCUGUACAAAUUAAGAGAUUAUGUGAUAAAAUUAGUGAAUGAGUAUAUAUAGUGGCAGGGUUCAUGUGUUUCAUUAGUGGAAAGUAACAGGAUAAAGAUGCGUACCCUGAUUGUCUUGGCUCUGGUGGCAGCCGCCUUUGCGGCGGAACUCCCCGCAGAUCCUUACCCCAAUGCCCAAAGGAUCGUCGGCGGUACCGUGACCGACAUCAGCCAGUGGCCUGAGAUGGCCGCCCUGCUGUUCUCCUGGGGAACCACUGGACACAGGCAAUCCUGCGGAGGUACCAUUCUGAACCAGAGAUCCAUCUUGUCAGCUGCUCACUGCUUCGUUGGCCACGCCCCAGCGAGAUGGCAAGUCCGUGUGGGAUCCACCAACGCCAACAGCGGUGGAAGCGUGUUCACCACCUCUCAGCUGAUCAAUCACCCACAAUACAACUCCCCCGCUCGCUACGACAACGAUGUUGCCAUCCUCCGCAUUUCUGGCACCAUCAAUUACAACAACAACAUCCGUGCCGGUAGCAUCGCUGGUUCCAACUACAACUUGGCUGAUAACCAAGUCGUGUGGGCUACUGGAUGGGGUACCACAUCUUCUGGUGGCUCUCUCUCUGAGCAGUUGCGUCAAGUCCAAAUCUGGGCUAUCAACCAGGCGACUUGCAGGUCUCGCUAUGCCUCCGCUGGCUGGACCAUCACCGACAACAUGUUGUGCUCCGGCUGGUUGGACGUCGGCGGUCGCGACCAGUGCCAGGGUGAUUCCGGUGGCCCUCUCUUCCACAACGGAAUCGUCGUUGGUGUCUGCUCUUGGGGUCUCGGCUGUGCUAGCCCUGUCUACCCUGGUGUCAACGCCCGCGUAUCUCGCUACACCUCCUGGAUCCAAGCUAACGCUUAAAAAGUUACUUUUAUGAACUUAAAUCAAAUUUAAUAUAAAUAUAUAUUUUCUACUAUA